CGGCCCUGAGGACGUGUGCGCGCUGCCUUCGCGGCUCCUGGGCCUUGAGAUGCGCGGCUCGCGGGCCCGUGCCAGCUCCAGGUGCGUGAGGAGGAUUUCAAGAACCCAGACAUCUGUGGAGUGUAAGAACACUAUGGAGCUCAUCAGAGUAUAUCACUGAAGAAUAUGAUGGCUGAAACCAAUUUUAAAAUGCUAAAGAUUCAACAGUGUGUAGUAGCCAACAAACUACCUAGAAACAGGCCAUAUAUUUGCAAUAUUUGCUUCAAGCAUUUUGAAACACCCUCAAAAUUAGCGAGGCAUUAUCUCAUUCAUACUGGUCAAAAGCCAUUUGAAUGUGAUGUGUGUCAUAAAACCUUUAGACAACUAGUUCAUCUGGAACGACAUCAACUAACUCAUAAUCUGCCUUUUAAAUGUAGUAUUUGUCCACGCCACUUUAAGAAUCUGAAGACAUUCGUGAAGCACCAACAGCUUCACAAUGAAACUUACCAGAAUGAUGUUAAACAGGUCAGAAGACUGCUGGAGGCCAAGCAAGAAAAGCCAGUGUAUGGAAUGUAUCAUGCUCUUACCACAGAGGAGAGAUGGGCAUUACACCCGUGCUCCAAGUCUGAUCCUACACACAGCCCUACAAAGAAAAAAAAGAACAUUCACGCGUGUACAAUCUGUGGCAAGCUGUUCCCCUCACAGUCAAAACUUGAUAGGCACGCACUUAUUCAUACUGGUCAGAGGCCUUUUAAAUGUGUCCUGUGCAGUAAAUCUUUUCGACAGUCAACUCACUUAAAAAUCCACCAACUCACACAUUCAGAGGAAAGACCUUUUCAAUGUUGUUUUUGUCAAAAAGGAUUUAAGAUUCAAAGCAAACUGCUGAAGCAUAAACAAAUCCAUGCCAGGAAUAAGACUUUUCAGACUCUUUCAUUAAAGGUGAAGAGUCCAGAAUCAGGGCCCCUGCCUAAUAAAUUAAAUGCAAAGCAGGAUAGUUUUGAAAAUGGUGAUAUACGUGAAUCUGAGGAGAAUAAUCAACUUGAUGUCCACUCUAUUUAUAUUGUCCCUUUUCAAUGUCCAGAGUGUGAAGAAUGUUUUGAAUCAGAGCAGAUUCUCAAUGGACACAAGUGUUUUCCUGCCAGAAGUGGCAAAAUUCCAAGCAGGCUCAAAAGAAGCUACAACUAUAAAACCAUUGUUAAAAAAAUCUUGGCUAAGCUUAAACGAGCUGGGGGUAAAAAAUUAGAUAAUUUUCGAUCUGAGAAAAAAGUAUUUAAAAACAGUUUCUUGAAAAAUUGUGAACUUAUUUCCGGUGAGCAGAGCCCUGAACAAACCCAGAGAACAUUUAUGGGUUCUCUUGGCAAGCAUGGAACAUAUAAGACAGUUGGCAAUAAAAAGAAGAAAACGUUGACUUUGCCAUUUUCUUGGCAAAAGCACUUCCAGAGCCAAAAUAUGGGAAAAAACGUAAAAGGUAUUCUUACACCAGAGAACAUGUUAACUAUGGAUAAUUCUGUGAAUAAUAAAGAUGUAUCUAUCUAUGGUUCAUCAGGUGAGGAAUUCUUUGAAAACUGUGAAGUGCUUCAGUGUGGUUUUUCAGUUACAAAUGAAAACAUCUAUACUGGACAUAAGGUGUGUCCUUGUGACAAAUGUGAGAAAGUGUUUCCUUCUGUAUCUAAACUACAAAGACACUAUUUAAUUCAUACUGGACAGAGGCCUUUUGGCUGUAAUGUUUGUGGGAAAUCUUUUAGACAGUCAGCUCACCUGAAAAGACAUAAAUUAACUCAUAUUGAUAAGAUUCCAUAUAGAAAAUCUCUUUGCCAAGUAGAAUUGGAAAAUUUGAACAAACUUUUCAUUCAUCAAGGUGAUAAUGUUAACUAUAGUGCUUCCCAGCAAUGUCAGACUCUUGGUUUUCAAAAAUACGAGGUCUCAGAGUCAGAUCAAACAUCAGAAAUAAAAGUGAAGGCAGAAUCAGAGGAUUUCAUUCUUGGUACCCCCUAUAGGAGCAGGCAGCCCUGUCUCUCUAGUGCACUUCUGGAAUCAGAGCAGAGCCAUCAUAGUCAUUGUUGUAGUUAUUCAGGGCGUACUGAGAGGAAUGAUGGCCUUCUUUACCAAUGCAGUGUUUGUUCUAAAAAUUUUAGAUCCCCAUCUAAACUGGAAAGACACUAUCUAAUUCAUGCAGGGCAGAAGCCAUUCGAAUGCUCAGUUUGUGGCAAAACAUUCAGACAGGCUCCUCACUGGAAGAGACAUCAACUUACUCACUUUAAGGAAUGACCACAAGAGAAAAUGGUUGUCUUAAAUUCAGUUAUGUAAUUGACAGACCCACCAACACAUGUGUGGUCUUUCUGGUGACCUUGCUCUUUAGCCUCUAUCAUUUAUAAUGUAUUUUUAUCAAAAGGCCUGCAUUAGAUUGAAUGAUUUCAUAGGCAGUUGCUUGUCUGCAUAGUCAGAGGUAAGAUACAUAGAAAUGUAAUAUGUUUUAGGAACAGCCAAAUUAAUUUUUAGGGGGAAGAACAUGAUUUGAUGCCAUAAAGCAAGUAUUUGUUUUAUUUUAACAUACACUUUGGCUGUAUUGAAAAUGUUGUAAAUCCAUGAUGUAGUACAAAUAAUUCAGCCUCAUUUUUAAAGGAAUUAUUCCUUAAGACACGCCAUCUCCUUUUAUAUAUGCUCAAAAGACUGAGAGGCAAAAAUUGGGUUUUGGCCACUACAGAUAGCCCCACUAUAUUAUUUCAUGUAUUUUACACCUAUGGUUCAAAUACCAUUGCAAAAUUUUUUCUUAUAAGCUAAAAAAUAUAAAGGCAAUAAAAGUGAAAGUGGAUGAGAAAAUAAUAGCAUUAUUUUCAUUGUUCUUUUCCAAGCUGUUUAUUCUUAGGACUCCGGUAGUUUACCCUCCUAUUCUAUAGGUGAUUUGAAUUGUUUUUUUGCCCAGCCUGCUGUUAUCUUUACCCCCAAAAUGUACAAGUAGGAGAGAGGCUAGGAUGCACCUGUAUACAUUUACCAUGUUUAUUUGUCAGGAAUAAUGUUCAAGUGCCAUAAUCUUUUUGAUGAUAUGUACGCAGUGCCAUCUUUUCAGAGGAAUGAAUGCAAUUCAUCUACAUGCUUAUUAAUGAUUGAUAGCAGUAGUUGUAGACUUAAGACUCACCUGUUGAUCUGCAUCUCCAUAAGACUUUUACAUUCACCUUAGCAAAACUUUCUUUUAAUACCUCUUUGAGUGGUCCUAUGACUAAACUAAAUAUUCUGUUAAGUUUGAUCAAACGGCAGUGACUAGGUCUAGUUCUAUUUUUUAUUCCUGUUUUUUUGCAAGAUUCUAAUGCUAAAGAAUGUUAUUUUGAUCAUUAGUAAAUUGUUAUUUUAGUUAGUAAGGUAAUCCCGUAUAGGAAUAAGAUGCUUAUGGAAUUGAGAGUAUCAUUCUAAACAGUACUGUCAUGAUUUGGGGAAUAUUUAAUCAAACUGUAAAAGGCUUGUAAUCACACAUUGUCCUUCACAUUUGCCAUUUUUAAUAAAAUCUUUAAGAAUGACAUUUCCUAGCAAUAAGAGAAAGUAACCAUUAUCUUUCUAAGGUGAAAAGAACAGGUGGGUAUUUAUCCUAGCACUCUCAGAUAUAUGUAGUGACAAGCCCUCUACUGAGAAUGGAUAAAGGAACAAUUUUACAUUGUACUGUAAUAAUUGUCUUUGUGGGGGGGGGAGGAGAAGUCAGUCUGCUUUUACAAGUGAAUUUUGAGAAACUUGGGUUUAAUUCAUAGAGAUUAAACUUAACAGUACAGAUAAAAGCCCAACGAUGUACAAAUGUGCAGGAGAAUCGUGUUUUAAAGAAUAAUUUCUCUUAUGUUUCCUUGAGAUGUGUUCCUCCAGUGCAAACAAGGUGAUGUUUUAUAAAAUUUGCUUUACACAGAACUUUUUAAGAACACAUCUAUUACAUAAAAGCAAGGGAUAAUUAGUUCAUGUUUUCCAAGAAUAAAGGGUCAAGGGUUUUUUUCUUUAAUAUGUCUGAAAUUAUAUAUUUGGGAAUUUUCCUAAGCUAUUUAUGUAAUUUUAUUUGAAGUAAAUGUCUCAUAUACUCCUUUCCCAACCCUAACAGGAGAAUCCUAACAGUGUUGUGCUUGUAUGAUUAUUAGACUUUAUUUGCCUAAGUGAUACUACUAUACAUUUUUUUUUUGGCCCAUGCCUUUUUAAGCUGUUUCAUAUUGAAAGUUGGAAUAUUGUAAAAAUUUUGUCGAAGAGGUACUGUAGUGCUAUUUGAAGUACCUGUAACGAAAUACUUAUUUACUUUUAUUAUCACUUCAAGCUGUGGAAACUUUAUAGGAAUGAAAAUAAACUGUAUACAUCCAUGAUAAACUGUAUACAUCCAUGAUAAGAAGUUUAAACAUUAGAUGUUAAAUGAUGACUUGCUGCAUGCUAGAACUGUUAUUAUUGUUGAAUCAAUUACUUUGGUUUUCUGAAAAAAAUAAACUUUUAAAUAUCUGUAAAGAAAGAAGAAUUUUUGUUUGGGCAAUUCCAGGCUGUAGCAUGAUUAUUUACUGAAGUAGUUUGAUUGAGUUAGUGAAAUUAUUGCUUCUUGUUUUGUACUGCAAUAGGGCCUAUUAGGACAAAAUGUGUGUUGAAGGAAAGUAGAUGGUGAUUCUUGAAAAAUUCAAAUUUUAGAAUAUUUUAAAAAUAAAGUUUCAAAUUACACAGUUUGAACUUUUUUAAAAGGGAAAAUCACAUAAUACAGGAACAAGGUACUGAUUGCCA